AUGUCCUCCUCGGACGUGGUCUCUCCAACACACGUCUGUGCUGGUGGUGCGCAAGCGACGAACGAGAUCAGGCUACCGGCAUGGGGCGUGGUCACACCACCCCAAUGGGGACACCAGCGACAAACACCGCGCACGAGCUGCCAAUCCUUGAGACGACCUAAUCACACUCAGCCACGGGAGGCGAAACAGCUUAGCGCCGUGCCCGGCUGUCCGGAUUUGGACGUGCUAGAGGCUGAAGUUGAAACCAGCCCCGAUUUUCUCAAUAAUCUUCUGCUCUGCUUUUGCAAGAUCCAACCAAAGGACAAAGUUGACAUUUCCUGUCUGUAUGGAUCGAAUUUGGAACAUCUUCAAAAGGCCACCGAAGCCGUACGACAAGCGAAUUUAACCACCGACAAGAUCAGUUUCCAACAUAUUGAGUUCGCUGAGACAGGACUACCGCCUUUUGGCGAGUUGGCGCCAGCUCUGACUACUCUCGAAAUUCGAGAAUGCACAAAUUUCGACCCUCUAGUGAUUCCUGAGAACACCUUUAAAGGUCUGGAGACUUCAUUGAAGAAUCUCACCAUCGAUUCUUGCAACUUGAAGGAGAUUCCUGAAGGACUCAAGGAUCUGAAUGCGCUCGAAACGCUCGUGCUAGCCAAUAACAAAUUCGAAAAUGUUUCAGCAGAUGUUUUCAGUGGGAAGAAGGAGCUCAACUACCUCGAUUUAUCCGGUAACUUCAUCACCAAAAUUGAACCCGGCUCAUUCGAACCGCUCAAAAAACUCGAAACUCUGAUUUUUGGAGAGCAUAAUUACAUCAAUGACACGGUGCUCGAUGCUAUUACAACACUUAAAUCCCUCAAGAUCCUCGACCUUUCUCGUGCUGAUGGUAUUUUCGAGCCACCUAUGGAAAUCUUUGACGCUUUGAAUCAGUUAGAAACUUUAAAACUAAGUGGCUGUAGUUUACCUUCACUUGAACCGGGCGCUUUCGCUUCGUUGAAGAAUUUGAAGCAGCUCGAUCUUCGCGUAAAUCUAAUCGAAAACAUUUCCGCUUAUGCUUUUGAUGGGCUCUCUUCCCUGACACGACUUUCAUUAGCUGGAAAUUACAUAAGGUACCUCGAGAAAGAUCUUUGGGCUGGACUCAGUAACCUUGAAGAGAUUGAUCUUGGUUGGAAUGAAAUCAAAAAUGUAACGGAGGACAUGUUCUCUCCCCUUGUUGAUAAGCUUACUUCGCUUAACUUAAGGCAUAAUCCACUCAGUGCGGUCCCCACGACGGGUCUCAAGAAUCUCAAAUCCCUCUACUUGAGCGAGUGUCCUCUGACGACCAUAAACUCAGAGCAAUUGAAAGAUUAUCCGAAGCUGGAGACAUUAGACAUCUCAAAAUGCAAUCUGACAUCGCUGCCACCCGACACAUUUGCCAAUCAAAAGAAUUCGCUGAAGACGCUACAUCUUGAGCGGAACCAGCUUACUACUGUUGAUCCAAAGAUUCUCCAAGAUCUUCCGCUCCUAGAGCAUCUAGAAAUCUCUGGCAAUCCAUUUAUUUGCGAUUCUGAGAUUGCCAAAUUCAUUUUUGCCGUCGAAGAUCGCUACAAAACUUCGGCUAAGGAAGGCAAAGAAUUCUUAUUCGCUAACGCUAACGACACUCUUUGCGAUCGUCCUUAUACGCUGAGGAAUCAGGCACUCUUGGACGUCGACAGCACUCUUCUUCAGCCCUACGACGAGAAACUCGACACCACCACUGCUUUGCCUACAACUACUACAGAAGCAGAACCCACAACUACAGAAAUCACCACUCCCUUUACAUUGCCCAACCUAUUCGUCGGCACAAAGACCAACGAAACUUUGUUCAAAGAAGAACCUCGACAAGACGUUUACGAUAUAAAUAAGGCUAACGAUCCUAAAGACGCUAUGGAAGAGCAUGGAGCAACGAAGAGCUACGCUAUGCACGCCACUGUAGCCGUCAUUGCUGUCAUUUCCGCAAUCGCACUCAUCGCUGUUGCAUUGUUCAUGAGGAAAAAACGAAAAAUCGCUAAUGAGGAGCAAUCACGAAAAGCUAAAAAGGUCUCAAAACUUGAAGACGGUAUGGUUGAAAUAGAGCUUGACUCAAAUGGUCCAAAUAAACGAUAAUUCACAAUAACAUAUUAUACUGAAUUUGUAUGUAUUGUUUUGUUUCGUAGAAUAGUGACAGUUUUCACAGAUUCGCUAUAUUAUUAUUUGCACAUUUUUGUAUGUUCCAAUGCCCAGUUAGAAUUGCCUCUACGCUCAAUACAAUUCGGGCUAUAUGUUUUAAGCCCUGUUCGG